CUUCCUAGGCCUUCACUCCACAAGGCAGAUGCUGACCAAGAACCAAGCAACUUGCAGGACGCUACAGCCUUAUGGCCUCCAGCGGCUCUUGUCUCUACCACCAAAGGAGACAUUAUUUUGAUGGCAUCGCCUGCUGUGCCUCCUCACAUCUAUGGCCUUGUGAUUUCAACCUGCACCCAGAGAGGAUUUGUACUCCAGGGGACCAAACAGCUGCAGCUGUCGCCCAAGCAAGCUCACGUGCUCGGUGUGCCAGCAAGCCAGGUAACUGUAUUUUGUCCUAGAGAGGCUUCAUAUAUACCAGAGAGGAGUUUCUUGGAGGAUAAACUACCCAGCCAAACACGUGUGCAUUGCCUGGCUUUGUUGCUGAGAAAGGAAAAUGCCAGCCAUCAUGUCCCUGCGUUGCUCAAAGGGCUUAUGAGUGCACUGGCAGAGAAAGGUUUCUUGGAGGACAUUCAAAGCAAUUUGCACUCCCAUGCUGAACCAGAACUCAGUCUGUGUUUUCAUGCGGUUCCUUAUACCGACAGUUUGCUGCAGGAACUGGGUGGCAAUUUUAGUGUUGUGCCAGAUCCCUCGAACAUUCCCCUGGAGGUUUUGCACAGUCGGAUGUAUGCCUCUGAGCCUGAAAUGGAACAAGUGGUCCUGUUGACCUUCACUGGAAAGGAAGCCAUGAAAAGCACAGGCAGCGUCCUUCACCAAAUCCUUGCACUAGGCUGCAGGAAGCAGCCUGCUCAGACUCCAGUGUUGGAAGACUUGGACCUGCCUUUUGAGCUUCUCACUCUGAAGUGGUUGCCUCACCUCACUCGGAUACAGGCUAAGGAAACCACACCCUUCGAAGUGGGAGACAAACGCUGGCAAACAAGUAUUGAUUCGCUUAUGAGCAGCCCUGCCCUCGUCUGUGUGCUGCGUAGGAUUGGUGCCUUUGUGGUCCUUGCCGAAAUCCUGAAAAGACUAACUCCGCACAACAGCAAAGUGAGCUCUGGCUGCUGCUCUCUUCUGAGAGUGAUGUCAUCAACCCCAGAGACGGCCUUCAGGCAGGCAGCGCUCUUCUUCACUGAGAAGGAUUUUGUAGGCGAUCCCAAACGUCGACCUGCCCUGAAGUACUUGCCACCUCCUCCACAGCACCCCCAGUCUGAAGCAGGAGAGACUGACACAAGCCAUGCAGAAUUGCUCUUCCGCUCCAUGCAAGUUGGAGCCCAAAUCCUCUGCACUGUGCUGCUGCUCAAACCAGGCACAUGGACCCGUAACCUAGCAAGGAUCCUCCGGAAACUGGAUCUAGAGAAAUUCAGCCUGGUUGGAAUGAAACACAUAGACCUCACCCCAAAAGAUGUCAGGGCACUCCUCUCAUCUGAAGCUAAGCAGGACCCUGCUGCCUUGGAGGCUCACUCCAGCUACCUCACUUCAGGUUCCUCCUUGGUCCUCUGCCUUCAGCGACAAAAUGCAGUGAAGAAGCUCCUGGACUUGCUAGGGCCUGAAGACCCCAAGGAGGCUCAAGCAGCUAAUCAGUUCUUUUGGAGAGCUCAGUACGGCCACAGCUUAAUCCAUAAUGGGUUUUAUGGCUCCACAUCGUAUUGGGUUGCUGUGCGGGAUGUGGAGCUGUUCUUUCCAGAAGGGCUGUGUGGGGCUGGGCCCCCGUCUCUGGAGGGAAAGGAGAUUUGCACUGCUGCGUCUGACCCCACAGCCUGCCUUGAGAUCGACAAACAGCACAGGCUUGUGAAAAGGGAAGCGAGAAGGCAGCUCAAUUUACUGGGCCCUGAGCAGCCACAGACUCUAGAGUGCUCUCAGCUUUCUGUGCUCUGCCAAGCCACCUGCCUGAUCCUUCCAGAGACCUCCCUGUGGAAGGGGAGCCCCCCGCCCUACCUGGUCCUGCUGGAGCGACUGAUUGGCCAAGGCUUCCUGGUGACGGGGGCACGGCUCACCACCAUGGACGAACCGCGGGCCUGCUUCAUCUCUGCAGUCCUGAGUGCGACCGACAGGGAGGCGCCUGUCAUGUGCUCUCAGUUACUGAAGGGCACCUGCCUGAUCAUUGCAGCCCAGCGAGACAAUGCAGUGGUUUGCUUUGAUGCCCUCCUGAGCAGUGAUCACUGUCAGAAACAAGCUGUGUCAGAGUGCAUGAAACAACUUCUGUAUCCAAAGACCGAAAAACAGGCUGAGGAGCUUCUCUGUGUCCUCUUUGACUCUCUGACUUCUGAUAGCAGCUACCAGAUUGAAAUCCAGGAUCCCUAGCCAAGGGCCACCUGGACAUCUGCUUGGAUCCUGCUCUGUCUUGGGGGAACAAGGCAAAGUCAAACCCCCGAAAGAAGAAAGUACAAGGCACCCACAGUUUCAAUAAUAAAGUAUAUUCUUUGUCACA